CGCCUUGGAGACCGUUGGCAGGGGCGACGGCGGCAGCGGAGCUGGGCUGAGACGACGCAACUUUUUGUCUUUUUUGUCUUUUUUUUAUAAAAAUAAAACAAACAAGUAAAUAAAAGGAUUUAAAAUAACGUCUGGAAGGCGCGGCAGUUCGCAGUCCGGGUCAGGGAAUUAACUCUCUUUUUUUUGGGGGGUGGGGGUUUCGUUUUAACUCCGGAGCUUGUGACUUGUGCCCUGUCAACACUAAGCAGCUCCCCCGGCAGAGCGGCUCCGGGAGCGGGGGAAGAGACCCUUACAACCCCGCUCGGUAACGCAAGGUUUUGGGAGGACGGUCUAAAUAGCAGCGGGGUGGCUGAACGAUCCUCCCCGGCCGGGGCUCCGGACAGCCUCGGGGUGAGAGUGAUCCGGUCAGCCCGGAGCGGAGGGAGGCCCCCGGCGACACAAUGCUCGAAACCGCGGCCGAGCAUCAAGAUCCCCUUCUGAAAUGUAAAGCGGAGUCUCUGCCUCCCGAGAAGAGAAAGCGAACUGUGGAAGACUUCAGUAAAUUCUGCAGUUUUGUCUUGGCAUAUGCAGGGUACAUCCCGUCCACCAAAGAGGAAGGCCAGUGGACGCCGCCAAGCUCCAACACCCCUCACAAGCCAGCAGGGGGAGGCGCAGACGCAGGAGACGGCUGGGCUUCGGCCCGGUCCGACCUGCACACCAUCCAGACCUUUGUGCGCAAAGCCCGGGCCUCCAAAGGGAAGGGUCUGCGCCGGCUGCACUCGGACAGCUCCCUGCUGGACAAGAUGAGGCUGAAAGACUCCCUCUUCGACAGCAGCAGCAGCAGCACUGCCUCCUCGACGCCCAGGUCGGAAAAGAAGAAAGACAGGAAACUGAAGAAGCUUUCCCUGGGCUCUGCCACCUUAGCAACAGCAGGGGGCGCCACCAGCGCGGGCCAGGAGAAGCGAUCCCGCAUCAAGCGUAGCAAAAACCCCAAAGCCACCAAGACCCUGAAGAAAUUAAAGAGCGCCCCCCCGAGCGAGACGGACUCGGAGGGGAGAGCCAAGGAGGGGGGGGCGCCCAGCCUGGGGUCGGGGUUCCUGGAGAGCCUGGGUCUGAGCGGGCCGGGCGGGCGGGAGGGCUUUGGGGAGCAGCAGCCGAAUCACAGCAAGGAGACGGGGUUUGCAGAGGUGCUGGGGGGGGAGUCAACCCGUGAUGCGGACGCCAGCUCCAGCGAGGGAGAGACCUGGAUUGCUGACGAAGAUAUCAUGGUGGAGUCAGGUGACGACUCCUGGGACCUGAUCACCUGUUACUGCCGGAAACCCUUCGCAGGACGGCCCAUGAUCGAAUGCAAUCAGUGUGGCAUCUGGGUGCACCUCUCCUGCGCCAAGAUCAAGAAGUCCAGCGUGCCCGACAUCUUCUACUGCCACAAGUGCAAAGACACGCGGCUCGACCACCGCUCCGGGCACAAGAGAGAGCCGGAGAGGGUCUGAAUCUGCACCUCCCUCGCUCCCUAAACACACGAACACCAGCCAUUUCGCUAGGAGCUGCCUGGGAGCCUGGUUCUGAAGCAGGCAGAGUUUUGAAUGUAAAGUGCGAUUUUCCUUUUUUUUUUUUUUUUUUUUUUUUUUUUUUUUGAAAACCAGAAGGCUUCUAAACUGGAAACGAGGUAUAAUAGGCGCUGGAAUCCAAGCUUGAACUGGGUUGUGAUGUGGCCAUUUACCCUUCAAAGAAAAAUAGUCUUUAGCUUGAUGCUGGAAACAUUAAUCACACUGAGGAAGGCAUUCGCCAAAACCAUUUGGUUACUGGUCCUUCCUGCUUCGAUAGGUUAGUUCAACCAGUGAUGAAUUUCGCUUUCCCAGAAGUAUUGUCUCUGUCUUUACAAUUUGAAGUUAUCAGUUAAGAAUGUCUUUAAAUCUCUGCCUGAUUUUUUUUUUUUUUUUUUUUUUUUUGUGUGUGUGAAGGUAAGCUCUUUCAAAAUGAUCUAGUAAU